AUGAAUAGUACUUUUGAGCAUGCUCAAUCUAGUAUUUCAUCUAAAACAAUUUAUAUAUUCUGGUCACAUACUCAAAGUGAAAUACAUGCGCGUAGAAGCAAUGCUGGUAAUUGGUCACCUAAUCAUUUCGUACCACUUUUACUUCCGUCGAACGAAUCUCAGUAUCAAAAUAGCAUGACUGAACCGAAAGCCAUUGGUUCAGGCUUGACGCCAACUAAAUCGACAACGAAGAAUAACAUACUAACUCAAGUUCGCAUUCCUGAAUUUAAUGCGGAGGAUGACGAAACUCAACAAUUUCAAAUGUCAUCGACACUUUCCACGGUAAACCAGGAAAUCGCAACAACUCCUCGGACUAAACGAAGACUACAAGUAACUGAAAACUAUACGAAUGUUGAAAAUACAAAUAUGGAUCGGAGACGUCAAAAAGCUCGUGAAAGUAUGGCCGCUAAACGAGCUGAAGCUACACCAGAAGAAGCUAAAAGACAACGCACGCUUGCCAGAGAAAGGAGUGCUGCCAGAAGAGCUGCCUUUACACCAGAACAAGCUGAACGAGAGCGUACCCUUGCACGAGAGAGAAAUGCAACUAGAAGAGCUGCUUUAACAUCAGAACAAGUUGAACAUGAACGUACUGUGGCUCAAGAGAGAAGCGCAGCUAGAAGAGCUGCUUUAACAUCGGAAGAAAUCGAAGAACAACAAGAGCAAACUCGUGAGAAAGUUGCAGCAUGGAGAGCUGCUUUAACACCAGAACAAGUUGAACAUGAAUGUGCUGUGGCUCGCGACAGAAGUGCAGCUAGAAGAGCUGCUUUAACAUCAGAACAAGUUGAACAUGAACGUACUGUGGCUCGAGACAGAAAUGCAGCUAGAAGAGCUGCUUUAACAUCGGAAGAAAUCGAAGAACAACGAGAGCAAACUUGUGAGAAAGUUGCAGCAUGGAGAGCUGCUUUAACACCAGAACAAGUUGAACAUGAACGUACUGUGGCUCAAGACAGAAAUGCAGCUAGAAGAGCUGCUUUAACAUUAGAACAAGUUGAACAUGAAUGUACUGUGGCUCGAGACAAAAGUGCAGCUAGAAGAGCUGCUUUAACAUCGGAAGAAAUUGAAAAACAACGAGAGCAAACUCGUGAUGAAGUUGCAGCAUGGAGAGCUACUCUUACGCCGAAAGAAAUCCAGCUACAACGAACACUUGCUGCUGAACGAACUAUGAGUAAACGAGCUACAGCGUCACCAAAAAUAGCCGAAGAACAGCGCGUAGUAGCUCGCAAAAAACGUGCCGCAAGACGAGCUGCUUACACAUCUGAUGAACUCGAACAUCAUCGAGCAUCUGCUCGUCAGAGAAUGCGGCUUCGAAAAAGUGGCAAGCACCAACAAGAAACGAUGAAAACAAAACUACAAGAAAGUAGCGACUUUGAAUGGCCAAAACCUAUUGAUAUUGAACGCACAAUAGCUGCAUUGUCAAGUUACAUUCGUCUUUUCAUUCGACAAGUACAGCUCAAUCAGCUUUAA